UCCCUAUACUAUCUUGCAUUGAAAAAGAAAAAUAUACUGCAGGACCUCUGGCGAAUAGCUCAUUGGCAUCAUGAGCAAGCCGCCACUUCACGACUCCUUGCAAAUGAUUUAAGAGAGCCACGAUGGAAGAUAACGGCGCUUAAAAAUGCGUAUGCCUUGCUUGGGAGGCGAAGAUUCGAAUACGCUGCAACAUUCUUCCUUCUCGCAGACCGGCUGCGCGAUUGUGCCCAUAUCUUGAUAAACCAGGUUGGAGAUCUCCAGCUCGCGAUUGCCAUUACACGAGCAUACGAAGGAGACAAUGGACCGGUGUUAAAGGAGAUCCUUAAAGAACGGAUCCUCCCCCAAGUAGCAACAGAUAGCAACAGAUGGAUGGCAUCCUGGGCAUUCUGGAUGCUCGGGCGAGGUGACAUGGCUGUCCGCUCACUCAUCCCACCAGUCGAGUCACUGAUCCCCUCAACGCCGUCCUCACCCGGCAGUACCCUCCAAGCAAAAUCAUACCUCUCCAACGACCCCGCCCUCAUAGUCCUGUACAAACAACUCCGCGAGAAGACCCCCCAAACCCUUAAAGGUGCCUCACAAGUCCCCGCGCAAGCAGAGUGGGCCUUUAUCCUGCGGAACGCGCGCCUCUACGAUCGCAUGGGCUGCGAUCUUCUCUCUCUCGAUCUCGUGCGUCACUAG